AUGAGUAACGAAGGUGAGAAGCCUACAAUUGCUCAAGAUGACGCUGAUGCUCUUGGUGAAUUACUUGAUAGCAGUGCCAAAUCUUUCGCCCCACGUAAAACUGUAACUGAUGACGAACUAGAUGAACUUAUGGAUCGUGCCGAUCAAGCUGCGGCUCAAAAAGCCGCCACACAAUUCAAAAGUUUCUUAGAUGAGAUGGUCACAGUUCAAGAGGCGGCUUUCAAACAAAUGGCAGAGAACGGCGAAACCCCUUCCGAAGAAGAGGAUGAAGAGACUAAAAAUAUGGUUGCUGCCAUGAAGCAAUUAAUGUCUUGCGCGGGACAGGUAGCGAAUGCUAGUAAUGAACAAGAAUUCAUGGAGGGAAUGCAAAUGUUACACGACCCUGACUCUUCCUUUGAGCCUCUCAUGAAUGUGUUUAUGGAGAGUUUUGUAACAAAGGAAGUAAUGUAUCCACCUCUUAAAGAAUUAUGUGAGAAGUAUCCGGCUUAUUUGGCGGAAAACAAAGAAAAGCUUGAUGCGGAGACUUAUGCCGUCUACGUGAAACAACAUGAGACAAUCAGCUUGAUUUGCGCCGAAUUCGAGAAAGAACCUGAACAGCCAGCAGGCACCUCAACAUCGCCCGAGCAAAGUGCUGAUCAACCAAACCGAGUAGCUAUAGAGAAAAUCGGCAGGAUGCUCGUAGAUCUUCAGAGUCAUGGAUAUCCACCAGCAGAAUUACUCGGAGACAUGCCUGAAGGAUGGGGUGUUGGAGAGAACGGAGCUCCACACGUGGAGAAUGCCGAUCAAGCAGCUAGUCAAUGCAAUUUGAUGUGA